UAAAUUUUUAUCUUGAUUUAGAUUAAAAUUUAUAUUCUAAAAUAUUUUUAUAGUUUUUAAUUUUUAUUUACGUUGUUUUGUAUAAAUAAAAAUUAACCAUGAGGCGAGUACUUGCAGCAUAUCAAGCUAUGUUGGCGAAACAGCCCUUUCUCACUCAAGUGGCUCAAACUAGUUUAAUUAUGGGAGUCGGUGAUUUUAUAGCCCAAAAAUUCCUAGAAAAAAAGCCUUUCAGUCAGUAUGAAAUCAGCAGGACGCUUGGAUUUUGCUUUGUUGGAGCCACAGUUGUCGCUCCAUGGUUGACAGUCUGGUACAGAACUCUUCACCGUAUAGUCAAACCUAGUAAGUUCGCCCCACUAAAAAAUGCUCAUGGAUCAGAUAUUGAUGGCCCCGAAUUUCACCUUCGCCAUUGUAACAUCCCUGAAUUUAGUAACAGAUAA